AUGGAACCCGGCGACUGUGACGGUGACAACACUGCUGUAUCUGCUCUGCUUCAGGGUGGUGUCCAAAGGGUUGUUAUUGGAAUGAGACACCCUUUGCAACAUUUUAGAGGCAAUGCUGUUCGUGCACUCAGAAGUCAAGGAUUGCAGGUUGAUCUUCUCGGAGAGGAUCUCACCAGUAAGCUUAUAGAGGAUGCUCAGAAAGAAUGUCUUCUUGUUAACGCUCCUUUGAUUUGUAGAGCUCAUUUGCAUGUUCCCUUUUCUGUUCUCAACUAUGCUAUGACCCUUGACGGUAAAAUUGCUGCUAGCACUGGUCAUGCAUGUUGGAUAAGCAGCAAGAAAUCUAGAAAUCUAGUUUUUGAGCUGCAAGCUAGAAGCAAUGCAAUAAUUGUGGGAGGAAAUACUGUUCGAAGGAACAAUCCAAGACUGACGGAGAGACAUGGAAGUGGGCAUAUGCCAAUGCGUAUUGUAAUGUCUCAGUCCCUCGAUCUUCCUGACGAAGCAAACCUAUGGGACAUGACUGAGUGCGGAGGAACAUUAGCCGCAUCUGCCAUUUCAUCUGGAGUCAUUCACAAGGUUUAUGCAUUUGUUGCUCCUAAAAUUAUUGGUGGAAAGAAUGCACCAUCUCCUGUCGGUGAUCUUGGGAUGGUUGAGAUGUCACAGGCUUUAAAUCUAAUUGAUGUUUCCUAUGAGCAGAUUGGGCCUGACCUGCUUGUUAGCGGAUUUCUUCAACCUAUACUGGACAUGGCACCGACAAUCCCAUCACCAGAGGAGACUUUUGUUGUUGACCCUACUGUCUCACCUUAUGAAUCCAGCACCAUAUUUUUCUACGUAUCAUGGGAUACUUAUGGUGCAUUGUCAAAUUUCUCUCCUCAUCCCAUUCAAAUGCCUGAUGAAAAUGGCGAUAGCGUGACUUGGUUGAGUGUGGAGCAUUACUACCAGGCGCACAAGUUUGUUGGAGUGGAUGAUACUGCUGCGCGGGAUUGUAUUGAAAGGAUCAAAUCUUCAAAAAGUCCUGAAGAAGCUGCAAGAAUAGGAAGGUCAAUGCAAAAACAGCGACCUGAUCUGAUAAGGCCUGACUGGGACAACGUGAAGAUCGAUGUUAUGUACGCAGCAUUGAAAUGCAAAUUCUCCACAUAUCCGCGGCUGAGUUCUAUGCUGGUUUCAACUGCUGGUUCGGUUCUAGUUGAGGCUUCUCCGCAUGAUCUAUUCUGGGGUGGCGGUCGAGAAGGAGAAGGCUUGAAUUAUCUUGGACGACUUUUGAUGAAGUUGAGAUCAGAGUUUGUUGAGGAAUCAUCAUCGUCGACAAAUAACACGAGGUUGAAGGAGCUUGGAGCAGAGGUGAAACGCAACACAAAAGCUAUGUAA